UCAAUCCCAGCCAAUCCACUAUGUGCGAGGGGCUUCAGCAUCAUGAUAUUUAACACACCCACCCUGAACUCCGACAGAGGUAUUUCCUCAAGCGCCUGUCAACGGGCAGACAUCACCUUCAUACGAGCUGGAUGUUCAGGGUGAAACGUUGAAACUUUCUCCAAAGAGCACAUUUAUCGACGGAAGGAGCUUCGAUGCGAUGCCAGACUUUCUCGAAACCUGCCAGGGCUACCAUGCGUAUCAUCGCUUUCAACGACUGAACAGCCUCGAUUUGUACUGGAUAAGAAAGGCAAAUGAACUUGUGCAGCUGUGAAAGAGAUCUCGUGCGUUGUAUGAAUAGCGUCAGAUGUGAGGUGGACCGCGAACACGCACUUUUGAGGAUAAUUUAACUGACGAGGCUUGCCUUAAUUAUAUUUCGCACAUACCUGCAGUACAACAGCUAUUAAAUGUUAAAAUAGACUAUGAGCGAUUGUGUCGGAGAUUGUUCUCGCGUCUCGUCAACUGACUGCACGGGAGGAAUUUAAUCGCGAGCGCACGUAAAUAACUGGAUUAUUGUUUCGCAUGGAUGUGGACGAGCGCUUUGCUAAAUAAAUCCCCAUUUCUGCCCUUAAACUGGCAAAUGAAAACGAAAACGUUCCAUGUGUUCUUCUCAUAAAAUUGGGAGCCCGUGUUUUAUGUACUGUUGGCGAUGUAGUGCGCUUGCUCACUUUUAUCCUUGCCAUUCCAAACAAGUCAUUUCUCGAACAGGAGACCCUGAAGAUGAUCCUCUUUAGAAAAUUCCGCGUCUUGAUUCUGAUGGUGUUUCUUAUAGCCUGCUCUAUGCACAUUAUGAUAGACUUGUUACCGAAGCUGGAGAGACGGAGCAGUAGCGCGUGCUCGUGCUCACACACACCCAGCGAAGAGCCGCAGAACUGGGCUAAGCAUCGAGCCAAGCCGGGAUCAGAGUCCGGCUGGCCUAAUAAACACACACUCAGAAUACUUCAAGACUUCAGCAACGAGCCGAACUCAAACCUGUCCUCUCACUCACUGGAAAAGAUCACCGUUGGGGAGAGAUCCGAGGCUUUGAAAAGAUUUGAGCAGUUGACAGGUGACGAGAAGAGGCACGCGACGCGGGACUCUACCCUGAAGAACGCAGUUGUCAGGGGUUCGAGGCUCUCUGCGCUAUUUGAGCAUCCUUUAUACACCAGGCCAUUGCCUGCUUUAACUGAUGAAGACACUUUAUUCAAUGUCAACACUGAUAUAAGAUUUGACCCUAAAGCUGCAGAAAACCCAGAGUGGAAUGGGGAAGGUAAAGAUGGGGAUUAUGCUCCUACUGGUGAGAUGUCCUCAGACUCAUACCCAAACUGGCUCCGCUUCCACAUUGGGAUCAACCGGUAUGAGCUUUACUCCAGGCACAACCCGGUCAUUGAUGCAAUGCUGAAGGAUCUGGUGUCGCAAAGGAUCACAAGUGUUGCGAUGAAAUCUGGAGGCACGCAGCUGAAGCUCAUCAUGACAUUCCAGAACUAUGGCCAGGCACUCUUCAAGCCCAUGAAGCAGACACGGGAGCAGGAGACACCCCCAGACUUCUUCUACUUCUCUGAUUUCGAGAGGCACAAUGCCGAGAUCGCAGCAUAUCAUCUAGACAGGAUUCUGGAUUUCCGCCGAGUGCCGCCGGUGACUGGGCGACUGGUGAAUAUGACCAAAGAGAUCAGAGAUGUGACCCGUGACAAAAAACUGUGGAGAACCUUUUUCAUUUCACCAGCCAAUAACAUCUGUUUCUACGGUGAAUGUUCGUACUACUGCUCCACUGAGCAUGCUCUGUGCGGGAAACCUGACCAGAUUGAGGGCUCUUUAGCAGCUUUUCUGCCCGAUCUGUCCCUGGCCAAGCGCAGAACCUGGAGAAACCCCUGGAGACGAUCCUAUCACAAACGCAAGAAAGCAGAGUGGGAGGUGGAUCCAGAUUAUUGUGAAGAGGUGAAGCAGACGCCACCCUAUGACAGCGGCACACGCCUGCUGGACAUCAUGGACAUGACCAUUUUUGAUUUCCUCAUGGGAAAUAUGGAUCGUCAUCAUUAUGAGACUUUUGAAAAAUUUGGAAAUGAAACUUUCAUAAUUCACCUUGAUAAUGGAAGAGGCUUUGGUAAACAUUCUCAUGAUGAGCUCUCCAUACUGGUGCCUUUGAGUCAGUGCUGCAGGGUGAGGAAGUCCACUCAUUUACGGCUUCAGCUGUUGGCUAAGGAGGAGUUCAAACUGAGUGCUCUGAUGGAGGAAAGUCUACAGACUGACACGCUGACUCCCAUCCUCAUUAGGCCUCAUCUGGAGGCCAUGGAUCGCCGGCUGCGUCUGGUGCUCCAAGUACUUGCCGACUGCAUUGAGAAGGAGGGCUACAGUAAUGUAGUAGAGGACGACCAGGGCACAGAGGGCUUGAACACGGGCACAGUCCCACAGAGGUAGUGGGCACAAACUGUUCAGGUGCUCCCGGCGGGUCCUUUGAAGUCCCACCACAGAUCUAUAGACCAUGAACGUCUUGCAAGAGAUGCUCUUGUUGAUAAACUUUUCUGAAUUCAGUGAAUUCCAAAGACUCAUUCCUCAACCAAUGGACCAUGUGUUAAAAUAAAGACACACAGUAGACAAAGAAAGAGACGGUGUUCUGCAGUCCUGCAUUUAUUUCAUCCAAAAUGUAAGCUGAUCUUCACAUGUAACAGCCGGUGUUAUAAAGCAGUGGUUCUCAACUGGUGGAUCGGCACCUAAAAAUGCGGUCAAAGACUUGUUCUGAUGUAGACAGCAAAGAAAAAAAUAACAAAUGCAAAUAAUAAAACACAAUUGAUAAUAAUAAUAAUAAUCAUUAUUAUUAUAGCAGAUUAUAAUAAAAUAAAAUUCAACUAAUAAAAUAAAAUAGAUAUAAUAAUAAUAAUAAAUAUUUAUUCAUUAUAAAUAAUUACUGGAUUUUAUAAAAAUAAAACAAAAGUUUAAAAUGGUCAUUUUUCUUAUUCAGCCAAUAUCAGGUUAAAAAAAACGGCGUUAUUGGCAUUAAAUAUUAUCAGGCCUAUGCAGUUCUUGUUAGGCCUAAUAAUAAUUUUCAGUGGAAAAAAAGGAUAUUUUUGUUUACUUUUUUAUGGUAAAUAACUUUGCUCCUGUGUUGCGCUGUCACUUAAUGUCUCAUGUGAGAUGCAAAGCAAAACCAGUUGAGAAUCACUGUUAUAAAGAAUCUAAAUACAUAACAAAAACGCAUAUAUUUCCUUGUCUUUGCAGAACAUCAUUUAACCAGUAUUUGCUGUCCCUUUGGGAAAGUAUUUGAACUUUAGAGAUAUAUCAACUAUUUUUUUUUUUUUUUUUUAAGAAAUGAGCGAAGGCUGUGCAGGACAGAUCAACUGCUACAGUGAAUGUUUGGCUGAAGUAUUUGCACCUAAAGAAGGAAACAUUUUUCAGUUCAAACUUAUGAGGAACUACAGCUUCACAAACUCUUUCACCGCUGUACAUGACGUGCACCUUUGUCUAUAUGUGGACUUUCAUGUCUUCAAAUAAAAUUCUUUAUACACUCUCCAUACAAGGAGGAUAAGAGGAACUGUGCAUUCAUAUAGCAAUGUAUUUUUCUUGACCUUAUUUAGGACAAAAAGCUUUGAGUUGAAUGAGUUUUCUCCCAAAAGUGUCCCGUCUGUCAUGUUAUAGCUGAUCAGAAGUUAUUUAUUGAAUUUCAUAUUUAUUAUUCCAAACAUGCCACUCAUACAUUCUGUUUCAGGAAAAAUCAAAGAGGUAGAUUCAUUUGGUACAUUAAACCAGCUGCAGUAUUUGUGCUAGCAAGUAGAUAAGUAACAAUGUGCAGUAUAUGUUUGAAAAAAGUUGAUGGUUUACUGCAUUUCAGAGAAAUGUCCUUAACAACUCACAUCAUUCUGGCUUUGCCUACUCUACCUACACAUCAAGAUCUGUUUUCAGUGAAAAUUAAGGCAAUAUCAAAAAUUCAAAUAUCAAUAAUCAAUAUUGUCAAUGACUGCUGCAUUUUCACCCACAUGUGACCUAUAAAUGUAGCCCUUAAAUUGCACGAGGAUGCGGAUUAAAUAAUGUCAAAUCUAUUAAUGACUAGAAUUUUCAUGCUAUUAAAGAAAAAAAUUGAAAAACAAUGUUUUGUUGUGCUCAGAGGAAUAUGUGAAUGAUGUUCCUAAAGCUAAGUUCCGUAGCUUUAGACUUUUUGACCACACUAAAUAAAUAAUUUAAAAAAAAUUUCAGUUAGUUUUUUUAUCCAUUUAGAACCAUAGAAAAGUUUUUAGAAAUGACACAGCCCUUAAAGAAACGGUACAUGACAGUUAACUGACGCAUGAAUACCACUUGGUUUAGUCGUCAGCAGUAGCACAGAGGUCAUGUUAGUUUUGCUGAUUAAGCUUUUUUCUUAGUUUAAUUUUGUAUAUAUGAUAUGCUCCAGCAUAUGUAUAGACAUGCAUGUACAUUGUAACAUUCAGUGUCUUUUUAGUUCAGGGUGAGAAGGAUGUGGGUGUUUAUGUCCAGCUCUCUAUAGCCUUUGUUGUACUACAAAACACAUUUCUACUAUCUGCUGAAAACGUUCUGUAAAUACCAUGUGAAUCCAGUGCCUGUGCAAUUAGAGAAAUACUUGAAUACUCGGUUGUGGAGAUGUGAGAGUUAUCAGCAGAAUAAAUGUGGUUUAUUAUACUAUGGCUACAUUGCAAUUUCAUAUGUUUUGUUGUUUUCUUUACAGGUACAGUUAGUAUUUUCACAUUUUCAGAGGAUUACAGUAUGUUUUGCUGUUGCUGUCAUAUUUUGUCUCUUAACGGGACUUUUUGUUUCAGUUUUACCCUUUGUUAUGGUGCAAUAAACAGAGAUUAAACAAA